UGUGUGUCUAUACGGAGGAGGCGGAGGCGGCCAGCGCUUCCCUUCCCCUCCGCCCUCUCCUCCCUUGUGUCUGGGGCUUUGGAUAGGAGGAAGAGGAAGAUGACGAGCCAGUGCAAUUAGCCUAACAAGGGGCGGGUGGCGGCGGCGGCAGCAGGAGGCGCGGCGGUGGCGGCUUUUUCCCGGGCCACUGACACAUCCUCCUCUUCUCCUCGCCGGGGCGAUGAAGGGGGACUUUUCGGAGUUAAGCUGGAAAAGUCCGGCAGGAUCUUCUCCCCCCGCCUCCCGCGCAGCUCCUUGAAAAGUGGGAGGAAUCCCUUCCCCUCCCUCCCCAAAGACCCCACCGUGGAGACGGGGCUUGGCUGGGAUCUGUGUACACAUUCCUCUUUUUUUGUUGCCGUUCCCCCCACCAAGAGGCGGAUAUAUCUAUACUUCUAUAUGGUUGGUGGGGUGUGUUUUUUUUUGCUCGUCUUAAAAGGGAGAGGCUUUGCUGUCUUCGGUGCAUGUGGAAACUGUUCCCCGCUCUUCUUUUCUCCGCGCUCCCCAGAUAUAUAUUUUUUAAAUUUUAUUUUGAUGCGUCGUCCCCCCUCCAAUGUGGACUCCGGCGGAUCUGUGCUUCCUUUGUAAUUGGGAAAUGAAAUAAUGGCGACCCGUCGGGCAGCGGGGCCACCCGGGGGAGAUGGAGACACCCAGCCGCCCGAAGUCGCCAGGAGCUGCAGCCAGGUGUCCAAAAAUAAAGAUGGAAAAGAACAAAGUGAAGCUGUAUCCCUGUCAGAGGAUGAAGAAACGUUUUCCUGGCCUGGUCCCAAAACGGUAGUUUUGCAAAGAACAUCACAGGGGUUUGGCUUCACCUUAAGACAUUUCAUUGUUUACCCCCCAGAGUCUGCUGUUCAGUUUACGUUUAAGGAUGAAGAGAAUGGAAAUAAAACGGGGAAGCCACGAAACAGAUUGGAGCCAAUGGAUACCAUAUUUGUUAAGCAGGUUAAAGAAGGAGGGCCUGCUUUUGAAGCGGGAUUAUGCACAGGUGACAGAAUUAUAAAAGUGAAUGGGGAAAGUGUUAUAGGGAAGACAUAUUCUCAAGUAAUUGCUUUAAUUCAAAACACUGACAGCAUGCUAGAACUUAGUGUGAUGCCAAAAGAUGAAGACAUCCUUCAGCUGCUGCAGUUUUCAAAGGAUGUCACAGCACUGGCAUAUUCCCAAGAUGCCUACCUGAAAGGCAAUGAAGCUUACAGUGGUAAUGCCCGCAACAUACCUGAACCACCACCAAUAUGUUAUCCUCGGUUAGCAUCUCCACCUUCUGUCGAGGCACAAGAUAUUGAGAAAGCACCUCCUGACUCUUCACUUGGUAAGCAGCCAGCUAGUAGACCUGUACGGACAUCAGCACAACCAGAAAAGGCCUACAGAAUGGAAAUACAAGUGCCUCCAUCCCCAACAGAUAUUGCAAAAUCUAACACAGCUGUCUGUGUUUGCAACAACGAGACUGUAAGAACUGUUGUUGUGCCUUCCGAGAAGGCUGUAGACUUGUCAUCCUGUAGAAUAAAUCAUACUGGUUCAUCACAUCGGAUAGAGGAAGUAAGAUAUGGUCUUAAGGAACAAACCACUAUAAAAACAAAAGCACGAACCACAUCACCACCUUCUCCAAUGCCCACUGCCAUUGUACUUCCUCAGACGCCACUCACAAGGCCAAUAGACCCCAAUGGAAUAGCUAGCAAGUCUGGAAGCUAUGGAGGGCAUCCAGAAGUGAUCCCAAAUACUAGAUCUCCUACUCAAAGUGCAGGUUCUCCCUCUGUCACUACCAAUCACUACACUUCUCCAAAUGCCCACCAAACCAUAGACUGGAAAAAUUACAAAACCUACAAAGAGUACAUUGAUAACAGACGUUUGCACAUGUAUGGCUGCAGAACCAUACAGGAAAGGUUAGAUAGUUUAAGAGCAGCAUCUCAGAACACAACAGAUUAUAAUCAAGUGGUACCAAACCGCAGUGUUUCACAGGUACGACGCAGAAGCACUUCUCAUGAUAGGGUCCCACAGUCCUUUCAGAUACGGCAAAGGAGUGUGUCCCAGGAAAGACUUGAAGAUCCUAUAUUGUUGAAGGAGUGGCCAAGGAGUGCCUCUCAAGAUGCUCUAACCUCACCAUCUGUCAGCCCCCGGAAUCACAGGACUCAGUCUUGGGACUAUUUAGAAAAGCAGGGUGAAACAUUAGAAAAUUUUCACACUGAGAAUCUUGUUGCAGAUUCAAACAGAGAUAGAAAAAAGACUAACAAGUGGACUGGCUUUACUGAGCAAGAUGAUCGGCGAGGUAUUUAUGAGAGACCCCGGCAGCAUGCAUUUCACUUGUCUCUUCGAGGUUCAAAUUUUUCUGUGGCUCCGGGUGCUUAUGGCUCAGAUGGCAGACGAAUAAACAGCAGAGCCUUAGGGUCAACCCCACAGCUCCAGAAGGCUCCACCUGAUGUAAAAUCACUGCAGCCUGCCAGAGAUUUGCCAACCUCUGGUGGAACGUCAAAGCCUACAACCGUUUUUCAGGAAAGAUCAUCUCAUUCAAUAGCUAGAAGCACAAGAAGCAACUCAUUGAAGACUUCUGUACCCUAUGCAGCAAAACCGUCGCUUUCCCUUAAUCAGAGCCUGGAUAGUGUUACUACUGCAGACCAAAGAGAACUAAAUCAUGUGUACAACAGUGGUUUGUUGAAUCAACAAUCAAGGAUACAAGCAAAAAGUGUGCCAGGCCACAAAACGGAAAUAGACACAAGUACUCUAUCCCCUACUACCUGUUUAGCUUCUGCCAAAUUUGUCCCACAGAUGAGUGAGCAUUUAACUACCUCUGUUAACUUGGAUGUCUCUAUUAGACAGAAGGUUCAAGAGUUUGAAAAGGAAAAUAUAAAAGAAUCCGAGAGCCAGCCAAGGGAUGUUGUAGAUGAGGAUACAGAAGCAGUUGUCUUGCGAGAAAAGUCUCCUUCUGGCCAUCAGACACCACAGCCUUUACGGCAUCAGUCCUACAUCUUAGCAGUAAAUGAUCAGGAGCCAGCCCCAGAGACUACUUGUUGGUUGCCCAACGAUGCACGUCGAGAGGUCCAUAUAAAAAUAAUAGAGGAAAGGAAAGCUUCCAGCGCCAGCACACCUGGUGAUUCCUUGGCAUGCAUUCCAUUCAUAGAUGAGCCAGCUAGUCCCAGUACUGACCAUGAUAUCGCCCACAUUCCGGCUUCUGCUGUUAUUUCAGCAUCUGCCUCACGAGCUCCCACCAUUGCUACAGUUCCUCCUAGCCCUACCUCUCUUGUCCCUUUUCGGCGCCAACUAUCCCAUGACCAUGAAUCUAUCAGGACUAGUGUUCUGGAUGGUCAGUUCCCUGCAAAAAGUGAAAGGUCCAAAUCUUAUGAUGAAGGACUGGAUGACUAUCGAGAAGGAAAAAUGUCCAUAAAGCAUGUAUCUAGCUUAAAGGGAAUUAAGGCCCCAGACAGCCAAACAUCUUCAGAAAACUCAGGGUCCAGAAAAGCUUCUUCUUCAGAGGUCAUCGGUGAUGUCUCCAAGGAAGGAUGCCUUCAUUUUCGACAGCUAGGCACAGAGAAGGGAAAGAGAGUUAGUGGGAGCAUCCGACCAUGGAAGCAGAUGCACGUGGCCCUGAAAGGUUGCUCUUUAUACUUGUACAAGGAUAAAAAAGAUCAAACUCUGUCCUCUGAGGAGUUGCAGCCCAUCAGCAUCAAUGCUUGUUUGAUAGACAUUUCGUACAGUGAUACAAAAAGGAAGCAUGUAUUUCGGCUCACCACAUCAGACUGCGAAUACCUGUUUCAGGCUGAAGACAGAGAUGACAUGCUAGCAUGGAUUAAGGCUAUACAAGAAAAUGGCAACUUAAACGAUGAGAAUGCAGGGGUCACAAGCAGGGACCUAAUUAGGGGGAGACUUAAAGAAUACAACACAAUGAUGAGUGCUUCAAGCGGCAAAACUGAGCCAUCUCCCAAAACACCUCGUCAGACCCUGAGUAUAAGGCAGACACUUCUUGGUUCUAAAACUGAGCAAAGAACUCAGAGUCCUCAUUCUCCCAAGGAAGAAUCGGAAAGGAAAUUCCUUGCUAAAGGUGAGACGAGCCCACCAAAAGGUACAUGGCGAAACAUUCCCAGUAUCAUGAGAAAAACCUUUGAGAAGAAGCCAUCUGCUGCUGGGACUUUUGGGGUCAGGCUAGAUGACUGUCCCCCUGCUCAGAGCAACAAGUAUAUUCCACUAAUAGUUGAUAUAUGCUGCAAACUUGUUGAAGAGAGAGGCCUUGAGUAUACCGGUAUUUAUAGGGUUCCUGGAAAUAAUGCGGCUAUCUCAAGCAUGCAAGAAGAGCUCAACAAAGGGAUGACUGACAUCGACGUUCAAGAUGAUAAAUGGAGAGACUUGAAUGUCAUAAGUAGUUUACUGAAAUCUUUCUUCAGAAAGCUUCCAGAACCUCUCUUCACUAAUGACAAAUAUGCAGAUUUCAUAGAUGCCAAUAGAAAAGUAGAUCCUGUGGAACGACUAAAAACACUAAAAAGGCUGAUCCGCGAUUUACCUGACCACCAUUAUGAAACACUCAAAUUUCUCUCGGCACAUUUAAAAACGGUGGCAGAAAACUCGGAGAAGAACAAGAUGGAACCAAGAAACCUGGCGAUAGUAUUUGGUCCAACUCUUGUGAGAUCAUCUGAAGACAACAUGACACACAUGGUUACCCAUAUGCCAGAUCAAUACAAAAUUGUAGAAACACUUAUCCAAAAACAUGACUGGUUUUUCGCAGAAGAUGAUGCUGAAGAGCCCCUUACAGCAGUUCAGGAGGAAAACACAGUAGAAUCUCAGCCAGUGCCAAACAUAGAUCAUUUACUCACCAACAUUGGAAGGACGGGAGUAUCUCCUGGAGACGUAUCAGAUUCAGCUACUAGUGACUCUGCAAAAUCUAAGGGUUCUUGGGGAUCUGGAAAGGAUCAGUAUAGCAGAGAACUGCUUAAGUCCUCCAUCUUUGCAGCAGCCAGUCGCAAGCGGAAAAAAACAAAAGAGAAACCACAGCCCAGCAGCUCCGAAGAUGAGUUAGAUAAUGUGUUUUUCAAGAGGGAGCAAGGGGAGCACUUUUGCGGCAGUUCGGCAAAAGAUAACCCACCUAAAGAAGAACCGGAGAAGGAAAUGGCAGGGAGAAAUGCGAGAACAGUAGCUCCAAAGGAAAAAGAGAACAGUGUUAAGAAGCCUUCUGUGGCAGCCAUGGGGGAGGCUGUAUUGCCAAGGAAAGAGUGCGGGCCCCCGGAAGACCCUUCAACACCUUACCACCAAAAAUAUAUGAGAUCGCCAAAUCUCAGCUUCCGACUAAGUACCCAGAGAGAUUGUGCAAGACCACCUGUUUUUCAAGCCUCUUCUCAACUGGAAGAAACAGUCUCUGACUCAGGCACAAUGCUUAGCACUUCUUCACAGGCUUCUCUGCACAGAUUCUCCUGUAAAAAGUUGGCCAACCCUGAGAGUAAAUACAGUGAGUUUUUAGCAGCUGAUGUCAGCUCCAUCACUUCUGAUUACUCCACAACUUCAUCUACCACGUACCUAGCCGGAUUAGAUUCCACCAUGCUAAGCCCUGAGGUGCAGUCAGUUGCGGAGAGUAAAGGAGAAGAGGCUGAUGAUGAGAGAAGUGAACUGAUCAGUGAAGGUCGCCCUGUGGAAUCAGACAGCGAGAGCGACUUCCCUGUUUUUUCCACGAGCUCUGCAGUGGAAAGGCUGUUCAGGGGGAAAGUGCAAGACGUGGCAAAGGGAAGCCGGAGGAACUCUGAAGAAAGCGAAGUAAGUUGCACAGAGGGAAGUUCAACGCCUAAGUUGGACAACCGCAGACUGUUUAGCUCACACAAACUUAUUGAAUGUGAUACACUAUCCCGGAAGAAAUCAGCCCGGCACAAGACGGACAGUGAAGGCUCCGGAGAUGCCAAGUGUGAGAAGGAGUUGCCAGCAGUGACCAAAAUGUUUGACAUCAUGAAGAAAGGAAAGUCAACUAGCAGCUUAGCUGCAUCGGCUAGAAGUGAGCCUGAAAAGCAGGAGCCCACAUGGAGACUCAAGAUUACAGACAGGUUAAAACUGCGGCUCAAGUCAUCCGCAGAUGAUAUGUUUGGAGUAGGCAGUCAGAAAUCUAACUCUGCAGAGACCGCCAAGAGAAAGAACAUCAGGCGAAGGCACACUUUGGGAGGCCAGAGAGAUUUUGCUGAAAUAAGUGUUCUAAAUUCUUGGAAAGUCCAAGAGAAAAAUCCCGAUAGGGAGAAAGAUGCUUCAGCUGUGAACCGGCUGAAGCCCAAAUGCCCAGCACAGGACCUCUCCAUUUCAGACUGGCUUGCACGAGAGCGUCUACGCACUAGCACAACCGACCUUAGCGUGGGGGAAAGUGGAGAGCCCAAGCAGGAGAACACUAGCAGAGUAGGAGAUUCGUCAAAGACAGACCUCUCUUCGUCUGCAGAGAUGUGGGCAGAGGAAGGUGGCUCUUCUUCUAGUAGUAGUUUGACUCUGGUUCCUCGAACACCAGUGUCGGGAUCGCUACAGCCACUAGACCAUGUUAAUGGAGAAAGCUACCAGAAUAUGAACAAAAGCAACUUCAGCCCAGCAGUUGAUGCCCAUCCUCAUAAAUUAUCUGGGACCCAGGUGGUUAGAUCUCGAUUCUACCAGUAUCUUUGAAAUGGAGAGAGAAAUUCAGAUGUCCACUACAGCAAUUCAAUUAGCAGCUUCUCUUUUAACACUUUCCCAGUUUUUCUGUAUGUGUUUAUUUCCCCCUGUAUGAUGUUACUUUGCAGCUAUCAAAGGAGGUUUGUUUCAUCUAUAUGCGCUGUGGGAAAAUUCUUUAUGGUGCAUUAAUACAGCCAGAAUAUUGGGUGGGAGGGUAGAGUCUAAAAUAUAUAUAUAUAAAUAAAUAUAUAUAAAUAUAUAAAAAUAAAUUUAUUUUAAAUAAAAGUAUAUUUGAUUGCUGCAUACACAUGUGGAACAAAGCAUCUAAUGCAACAUGUUAUGUAAUGUGUACAUGUUUUUUUAUGACUGACAACUGGCAUUAGUAUGCAGGAAAAAAUGUUCUUUUGGCUUUAGUCACUAACAAGUGCCUCAUAAAAAAAAAAAGUUCAUUUGGUUUGUUAGGGUGCCAUAAUAAUUGUUAAAUUAGAGGAUGUUAAUAUAAACAACAAAUGAAUACAUUUUACCGGUAAGACGUUUCAUGACAUUUUACAAAUUUUAACACAGGUGGGUACAGAGCUUCCAUUCCUUAGGCAUUCCAGUUGGAUUUCUGAGUUUUAUAUUCCAGUUUUAAUACAGUUUUUGAGUUUUAUGUGACUUGAAUUUUUAAUCUUUCUGUAAAAUAAAUAACUUAAAUGUAUAUACUACAUGUGUAUCUUUUCCUCAGAUACCAGAUUUGAUAUAAAUGUUGUAACAUAGGCGUGUAGAUAGUGGAUCCUGGAUGGAACUGGUUUCUUUUAUUGAGAAUAUAAUUCUGCAUGAAGACUUUAAUGAAUCCAAAUCUGUAUCAUGCCUGUGUGCAUACCCGCUUAAAACACUGGAAAUAAAAUUGUUUUGAUGGUUCUUUGCAUGGACUGACUUUCCUUUAAGGGGGAAGAAUGAAAAAUGUCAAGUUCAUAUCAUCAAAGUUCACUGACUAUACCCACCCAGUAUGAGAAAAGGAAAAGUGGUUGCCCAAAAGGUCCAUGAUGUAGGAAAUGGUUAUUAAAAUGACAGGUGAACGCUUUCAACAGGGCUUGUUUGUGAAUUUUAUUUAGGGAUGGGGCUGAUGGUUUAACAUGGAUUAAUUGUUUUGCAGCCCACUCUUAUUGUCAUAUUGUUCUUGCGAACAGAAGCCUCAGUACUGAGAAUAGCUUUGGAUAUAUCAAAGGCCUUGUGCAGGUUUAAUGGGCAUCUGUUUUGUUUUGUUUGGAUUGUAAGGACUUCCCAGCUCUUUUGGGUGAGGUAUGCCCUACUGUGAAGGUGGAUGGUGUUUGGAGGAGAUAAUGUCAAAAGUGCCACACUGGGCAGGUGGAAUCAGGGCAGAUUCCCAUGUUGAAAUGAUAAACAUGUUUGCAAGAUGGUGUUUCUUGCAGUCUUAUGGUCUGGGGUCUUGAGUCUUAAAGGCCUUACAGUAGAUUCUCUUGUAGCUCUGAGCCGAGGUAUUAUUCUCAAACUUUGAGGUAUCUCAGACCCCCCUAAGUCACAAAUUAGGAGUAUGGCAUGGUGGACAUUCUGGAUUAAUUAACACAGCACAAAGGCUAUAAGACGUGAAAGCAAACUCCUUGGUCACCUCACUGUUCAAACCUCCAGGGAAAUUCCAGCUGCAUUCAUAGGAAGGAAGCCAUUGCAAGGGCAUUUUUCUUCCCUCCAUCCCACCUCCUCUUCCCAGUUACUAGGGGUAGGACUUAGAGUAAGAAAAUAAGGAUUGGUUCAGGAUUGGUUCACGUAUGCAUUCGGUUUUCACCAUGAGGUUGCUGUGGUGUUAAAAAAUGCCAACUUGCAUGAGUAGCAACUUAACAAAAAUACGUUGCCCCAUGCCACUGCCUCUAUAAGGCUGUAUUUUCAAGCAUCCAUCACAAACACUGUGCUAUUAGUUUUCAGGGACAGGAUCCUGAUUCAUUCAAGAGCUGUGGAGUGGAUGAGGUGGUUAUUUAUUUGUGUAUGUAGAAAUUUAUACCUUCAGAGCAGCUGGUUGACAGAAGAUGCAGACAUACAUGGACAAGUGCCACAAAUGUUUUUGGUAGCUGCAGACCAACAACGUUUGAGGGAAGAUGUGAAAAUUGCAUAUUGGGGCAAAUUCACACAAUGGUAGCAGGGUGCUUUGUUUCUAUGUAAGCUGAUGGAACUUGUGGAAAAGAGCUAAUAGAAGUAGUUUCAGUAGCCUGCAGUUCAACACAUUUUAGAGCUGUUUGCAAUGUACGCCCGUACAACUUUGAUCUAUUCUACGGGCUGCGUUCUUCUGACUGUACCAUGACCUAUUGAAAUGUGCUAGGCCAGGGUUUAAAAGUGCGUUCAUUCCCAUUUUGUGGAUUGAGUUCCCUAUGGAGACCAGUCAGGUACUGAUUAUGAGGUGCUUUCAUAGACAAUUAAAAGACCUUUCUGCUUACCUUGGUGUUUCCUGACUGUAUGCAGUUCCCUUUUGGUUCUUGAAGCUAUAGUUGUUGGAAUUAUCUAGAUAUUUGAGAUGCUGGUUUUAAUGAUUUUAUGUAUGUUGUGAGUUGCGUUGGGAUUCAUAAAUUUAUAAGUGAAAAGCAGUAUAUAAAUAAGCUUCUUUGCACAAACUUGCUUGUAUUCAGUCCAGAUUGGAGUGAGGGUGAGAUGUGGAGAGAAACGGUCUGUUGUACUCCUAAGAGGUUUGUUAAUGAACCCUCAUUUUAAUUUAGUUAUGAAGUGAUAUAGCUUCAGACUUUUAUCUGUGAUGCUUUAUACACCAUGUAUGUUCGUAAUUAUUUAUGAUUCUAUAUAUGCACACCCUCCUUGUUAGACUUUCUCUUUGGUGUUUUAUAAUCAGAUGCCUUUCACUGUCACAUCUGGGGCCAGCCCUAACGUUAGGCAGAAGAUUUUGAGUGUCACAAGAUUUCCAGUGUCAUCUCAAACUCAAUAUAUCAAAGUCCCACUUUAUCAUACUGUUGAGCAGAUAGAAAGGCUUCUUUUUGUCUUUGAUUCUUUUCUCCCUUUGUUCCCUGUGUUCCAUCUUUUGUCAAGUCCUCUUGCUUCCACCAUUUCAACAUUGCAAAAAUACAGCCUCUAUUCUCUGCUCCUUUGGUGGAAACCCUGGUUUGAGUCUGUUGUCUCUUGCAACCUUUUCCACCUUGGAUCGGCCCUUGUCUCUCUUAUCCAAACCACUGCUUCCAAAACGAAUUGCACCCCUUUUCCUUUGAUCAUAUGAUGCCCCUAAUUAAAUCCUUAGACUGGCUUGCUGUCUGCUCCUAGAGCCAAUUCAAGCACUUAAUCCUUCCAUUUGAUGUCUUCCAUGGUCAGUUCCCUUCCCCUACCCCUUUCUCCAUUUGCCAUAAAGGACUAUGGUCCACCAUAGUCACAAGUACCCCUACCUGUAAAGCCUUCACUCUUACCACUCACCUCCCUCCACUAUCUGAAAAUAUCUUGCUUCCUCUACCCUUUCGGCCUUUACUGCAUGAUGCUAGUUUUCUCCUGUGUUAGAGGCCUCACUGGUUUCUGGUAGAUGGCAGGCAUUUUGUGUCACUGGUCUCAUGCUGCAGAACACACUCUUGAGGAUUCGGCAGGCAGCAUUACCUCCAGGCUUCUCUUGAAGAGCAUUUUAUGUCAAUAGGCCUAUGCAGUUGUCUAAGGUGGUCCUGAUUGCUCAGCCAUUUUAAUGUCUUAUGUUUUGCUGUGUACAUGUUGUUCUGUGACACCCUGAUAUUUUAUGAUAUGGCAGCAUAUAUAUUUUAUUUCAAACCACUCCUCAACGUCUGCUGUCUCUGUGUAAGCCUUUGGAACACCCCCUGCCCCAGAUCUCAUGCCCUGCUGUAACUGAGAUGUGACGGAAACACAUUGUUUGCCUCUUUGUGCCUCUCAUGUGCCUAAUUUCAGAUUAUCAGGUCCUUAAGGGAUGAGCCCUCUUAGAUUGUAAAGUGUCACGCAUCCUGAUGGCAACUGUGUUAAUAAUAUACCCUGAAACCUGAAAAUUCAGGUGCUUAUCAGAAGUUUGUCUUGAUAUUUGCCAUGGCAUUUGGAUUUAUGCCUGCUUUACCCAGACCCCAGCAUUUCCGGGUUCAGCAAGAUUGGUCAAAAGAUGGACACCAGCAGUCAGUGAGGCACUGGCAUUCUUAAAAAUCAAGAGUUAACUUGAAUGUCACCACCAUUGCUUUUUUUGGGGGGGAGCUCUGCCCCUCUCUUAAAUCAGAGUUCUCUGAGUUAUCCCUGCUCUAGGCCUUCAGCAAAUGUGUAAAAUGUGCAUGUUCAAGGAAGAAUUUUGCCCAAGGGGCUGCUUGAUUUGUGGGUUGAUUGUGCUGGCUCUGCUGGCAGAAACAUAAUUUUGUUUUGUAGCUUUGUGUAUGGACUUUUAAAAUGAUGUUGAGAACUGCCUCAAGCAUUUGAAGAGGGUGGAUAUAAAUAAAGUUAGUAACACUCUGGAGCAAUGAAGGGUUGUAAUACUGAAUAAUUGGUAAUGGUGGAAGUUUCCUAAACUUCUUCCCCCAAAUGGUAUAUGAACCGCCUACCACCCACCUUUCCACUUUUCUAGUAGCCUUUGUCUACAAGGAAUAAUAUCAGCUAGUUGGAAAUGGGGCUCUCGGAACCUUAAAAAAAAUAAGGAACUUUCACAUGCUGCAUCAGCACCUAAGAAUCCACCUUCCAAGUGAGCAGAAACUUUUCCUGUAAACUGAAGAAGUUUUUCAAUCUUACUUUAUUCCAAUAUAGAUAUAUAGAUAUGGAUAUGAGUGUUUGUUUGUUUGUUUAUGCAGAGGCAAAUGUGGCCUAUCCACUGGGUGGACUAAUAUGCAAGAACUUUAUGUUUGUGACUUGCUCUUAGUGUUGUUUUACUUGCUUCCAAAGGUAUGCAGUUGUUAGAGGUGUGUGCUAGACGUAUCAACUAUAUAAUUUGGAAAAGUUUGUUUUUUCACUAUAUAUUUGGACACAUCUUAAGAUAUUGUAACAAGAUUUUGCGUGAUGGUUCCUGAGAUCAAGGAGCAGGUUGUCUUUUAUGUCUCCCAAGUCAGCUGGCUGCCAUUUUGGAUUCAGAUGGGAGACCGUCCCUUUGAAAACUGCACUAAUUCUUAAAACUACUGGCUCCUUAAAAUUCCUGAACAAGGUCACAUAUGAGGCUUCUGUUCACUUAUAUUUUUGCAGAUUGCAGUAUUGGGCCGGCACGAUAAGCUGUCACGCAUUAUUAUAAAACAAGCAAGACAAGCAGGAUGUUGCCGUUAGUGGCAGCCACCAGUUGGGGAUUCUAGGUUGUGGUCAAGCUGCACAUGAUGUAAAAAACUUAAGCUAAUAAGGGAACAUACUGUGGUGUGUGCGUAACACAAAAAAUUUGAGACAGGAAGCUGCAUUGGAUCUCAGCUUCCCAUCAUGAUUUCCUGCAGCAAAAUGGCUACUUGUAGACAAGACAAGCCGCGCUGCUGGAUCAGGCGAUUGGCCCACCAGCAUCCUAUUCCACACAACCCACCAUGACUUUAAAAGUGCCUAUGCCCUUUUCCCCCAAUAGGACAGAUUGAAGAACAUGCGUACUUAUCCCACCGAAAUCAAUGGGACUAAAAUGUGCAAUGGCUCCACCCAAGUGCAUUGGGGGGCUAGUAUGAAAACUACGAAAUAACUGAUUAGUGACAAAAUCAUACCACAACAUAAGCAUGCAGCCCUUUAUUUCUGCAAAGGUGUUUCUUUCCUUCUGUAUUAUACUAUAGAGUUGUACAAAUAAGAUAUUUACAAAAAGAACCACUCGCCUUGCCACACAGGUUGCUUUCUGAAACCCAUCCCUGCCCACCCCCACUGACCUUUUCCCAAAGUGUACUUGAGAACCAUGCAUAAAAUUGACCUUUGGUGUCGAAAACUACUCUUGUCUGUGCCCAGCCGCAUACUGUACUUAUAUUUUAUAUUUAUAUAUUUAUAUUUAUAUAUUUAUAUUAUAAUAUGUACAGAGGUUUUUCCAUUAUACAGAACAGUACAGAAGUAUACACUUUUUAAAAAAUAAUCCACAUGGUAGUACUACAUGAUUUACCCAGGUCUCAGUAAAAUGGAAAAAUGAAGGAAGCAAAAGGGAAUCAGCAAAUGCCUAAAUGUUAAAAAAAAAAAGUUUUUCCUUGGCAUCGCAAAUUAUUAUUAAAUAUAAUCUGAAUGGCAGUGCAAUAGGUAAAGUUGCCUCCUACCACAUCAGUCUCAGUCUUAAUUCUUGUUGCUUGUGCAGAGGAAGGUGUUCGGCAUAACUAUCAAAAUGUACGUUAUAGUAGUAUCAAAUGUUUUGGCAAAAAAGAUUUCUGAAAGUAACCAUGAAGGGUUUUUUUGUUUUGUUUUUUGACAAAAAUAGAAAUCUGUAACAAAUUUGGAUAACACUAAAAUAAAAGAAAAAUAUCUUAGUUUCAGUUCUAUAAUUUUGCAUUAUCACACGAUGCUUAGUUCUCGUACUUAAAAAUAGCUUUAUACAAAAUAACUCGCUUUAAUACACUUUAUUUUCAUGCUUGAACCAUUUCUGUGCACUCAUACUUCUAGUUUCAUUCAUACUCCCAUUGUACUUUUUGUAACAAGUUUCUGGCUGAACGGAGCCCCCACCCCCUGCCCUCCCCCUCCCCCUCGGCAUUUUGACAGCAGCGAAUGCCUACAAAACUACUUUUUGUCUCUCGCUUGUAAUAACCCAGUAUUUAGCACAAGUUUCACAUUUCAGCCUGAAACUCCACAGCAAGUUUGGUACGCACUUCUCAGCUGCAAUACCGACAUCAGCAACAGAGAAGAUUUUGUCCGCAACUUGUACUGGCCAGUAUAGAGCUUUUAAGUUGAUUCCUUGGUGACGGAGGAAGAUUGGGCAGGUUUGCUGACACUUCCGUUCUGGGACUUGUAGCUGGUGAAGCUGGGUGUGUGGAUCGAGCGGAUGCUCUUCGAACCUUGACUCAGUGAUGGGGGAGAGGAGGAGGAGGAGGAGGGAGAGGAGAAGGAGGAUGAGGAAAAGGGAGCUGGAGGAAGAGGGGGUGGCCGGCCGUUUUGAGUCUGUAUUGAGAAUGAAAGAGGUUGGUGACCUUUACCUGUGUGAGCGGGAUUCUGGAACUUCAAGGAGCCAUUAGAGACAGAGGGGAUUAGGGAAGCGGAAUGAGGAGGGCGACCUGUUGGAGGACUGAGAGGGUUAGAAGAAGGGCCAGAGGCUUUAGUAGGGGGGCUCGGAAGGUUAGUGCUAUCACCGCUAGAAACAGAGCUACUUUUCCCAGAGGUGGAAGAAAAGGCUGGGAUUUUUGAAGCAGACAGGUUAGGGGAAGUGGCCUUACAGUCCCCACCAGCUCUCUUAGCACUUCCAUUAGCCUGUAAAUAAAUAAAGAUGGUGGGAGACAAUUUAAGUCAACAUACACAAUAAACAAAAAAUAAAAGGAGCUGUAUGGAAAAAUAGGCUUGCAGAAAGGAAGAAUGGAUAUAGAGUCUCUGAAGCUGGCACUAAAUCUUGCACCUAUGGGCUGGACCUGGGAGGCCCUCCCUCCUUCCUUCCUGCCCGCCACCCCUCCCUCAGCUACAGGAGAGAAGGUGGACAGAGUGGGGGAGAAGUUGACAGGAGAGAGUGUGGGGAAAGGAGGGUGCCACAAAAACUGGGCUGUUCACUACAUUGGCCAUGCUUGUAGGGUUGUUAGGUGAGGGUGGAAACGUUUUGGUGGGUGGUUAAUAGGCUUCUCACUGCGGUCUGUUAAACAGGGAGUUAGUAUCGACAGUGUCAUCUGAAAUGCUUCAAACGGCAUCUAUUCCCAUCGCUGGCAUUUAGGAAACUGCAGCAGAGUACAGGAACAAAACUCAAAAAAGCAGGUGAUGUUUUACUGCAGACAUGCGCAAGUAUGAGGGAGGGAGUGGGGGGGAGAGACAAUGCUACCAUUAAAUAUUUUCAUGCCCCCCCCCCAGUCCCUGGAUUUCCAGUUCCAAAUUCCAGCGGGAAAACAAAAGUCCAUUAUUUGGUAUCAUCCAAGUCGGUCACUUGACUUACACAUUUACCAAACACACACAAUCCGCUUUCAAGUCCAUCCCAAGCUUUGGGUUUAAGGUAAAACUACCUGUCUGUACUGGCGUUGAUCCUGUAGCUUAUGCGGUUUGCUUGUUUUGUCUGCACUGCCUUGCUGUCUACUUUUUGCGGCUGCAGGGAUUGGCAUCCUGCUGGUCUGUGAAGUGCUGGUUGAACCCUGUGGGGAAGGUUGGGGUGCCAAGGGGAAGGGGGGAGAGAUAAGGGAAAUGUGGGGUAAGCAUCAGUGCAUGGGCAACGUGGAGGCUCGCACACCAUGGCCAAAGCUGCUUUGAGUGAAAAGGCAAAGCCCCCAAUACAUGCAUGGGAAGCACCAAAAGGAUCCACACCACAAGGCACACCACUGGUGUUAAUUCCAGGAAUCAAAAAUGGAGGUAAAAGGCUCAACUACAGAUCAACCUACGUUUAACUGGCAGUCCCAGGUAUUUUGAUUCGCCCACAGCUGACCAAGCUUCCUUUGAUUGCCCAUCACCAAUCAGCAGGAGAGAUUUUAUUUU